GUCAGGCUGGUGAAUGGGACUAGUCUGUGCUCAGGCAGACUGGAGGUGAAGUCCAACCAGUCUAGCCGGUGGUCCUCAGUGUGUGAAGCUGACUUUGACCAGCAGGAUGCAGAGGUGGUCUGUAGGGAGCUUGGCUGUGGGGCUCCUUCAGUCCUCCAGGGGGUGCUGUAUGGAGAAGUGGAGGAUCCAAUGUGGACCAAAGAGUUCCAGUGUGGAGGAACUGAGUCUGCUCUCCUGGACUGUAGAAGCUCAGGCUCAGAGAGAAACACCUGCUCACCUGGCAAAGCUGUUGGACUCACCUGCUCAGAGCCUGUCAGGUUGGUGGGAGGAGACAGUCGCUGUGCAGGAACACUGGAGGUGAAACAGGGAGACUGGAGACCAGUGGAUGACCGUGGCCGUUACUCUAGCUGGACCCUGAAUGAAGCAGCUGUUGCCUGCAGAGAGUUAAAUUGUGGCUCUGCUGUUUCUGUAGAACUGAGAGCGGCGUCCUCAUCCAUAUCUGUGUGGAGUAUCAGGUCUGACUGUGUUCAGUCUGGAUCUGCUCUGAGGGAGUGUGCAACAUCCGAUACCUCUUACUCCAUCCUGAAUCUCACCUGUUCAGAUCUGCUGCUUCAGCCCAACAUCUCUGGGUCCUCCUCUGUGGACGGGGUCUCCGAGGCCCAGCAGCAGGGGUUUCACGUGUUCAGGGGCUCCGCUUUCAACAUCAGCUGCUCCGUCCAGCCACAGUACCCAGGAGGCUCCUUCCAGCUCGCCUUCACCUCCUCCAGCUCAGCACUCAACUACACCAAGCCAGCUGUCAAUCACUCCGCCCACUUCCUGUUUCCUGCCGCAGAGCCCGCCCACCAAGGAAACUACCGCUGUGUUUAUCACGUCUAUGUUUUUUCUCACGACUUCUUCUCUGAGAGCCGUCCGAUCUCUCUCACCGUCGCAGAUCUAAGGCCUUUUAUCAUCAGAGCGAUCGUCCUGCCUCUGAUUCUGCUGUUGGCGAACAUUGGCCUUUACUUCUACUAUAAGGCCAAAAGGGGGCAGAGGCCGGGCAGACGGGAGAAGGCUGAGCCGGAUUAUUAUAACCUGGGUGUUCCUGCAACUGAAGGAGGGCCGACUGAAGAGGAAGGAGCUCGGGGAGCAGAUUAGCACCUCCAAGGAGCUCAUCUCACAUCCAGAUGGAUUUAUAACACACAACCCAGCAGCAGGUCAUUUUAGAUUAAUGUUCCCUUUAAAAGGUCCCACAUUGUAAAAAGUGAGAUUUUCUUUUUCUUUAAUAUUAUAAAGCAGGUUUAAGUGCUUUAUAAAUACUGUUAAACUAUCAAAACGCUC